AUGUCGUCAGCUUCAUCUACUGGGGAGUCUGCACAUAAAAGGUCGCAAGUCAGCCUAAAGACAGAGAAGCAAGAAGGGUCAGAAUCGGCCUGCACCACCGUCUCUUCUACUUGGAGGCAAGACGUGCACUUCUUGGGUGACAAAGAGGGCAAAGUACAUCUUCGUUGCCCUCCAGUGUUUGAUGACAUCAACGACACCCGCAGACACCUGAAGCAACAUCUUGCAGCCGCUUUUCGGGUAUUUUCCAGACAGAGUUUCGAUGAGGGCGUAGCUGGGCACGUCUCUCUGCGCGAUCCAGGCAACCCAAAAACUUUCUGGAUCAACCCUCUCUCAACACAUUUCUCACAGAUCUGUGUCAGCGACUUGGUACUCGUCAGUGAGGAUGGUAAUGUUCUUCCAGAAGGAGCGCAAAAGGCCAUCAACGGCCCAGCAUUCACCAUUCACAGUGCUAUACACCGCGCGCGACCAGAUCUAAAUGCAGUGUGCCACGCGCACAGCGCUUACGGUAAGGCAUUCAGUUGCUUCGGCCGCCCAAUUGAGAUGCUCUAUCAGGAUGCGCUGCGCUUCUACAACGACUUAUCAGUAUAUCCACGCUACGGGGGUACCGUGCUCACGGCUGAGGAGGGCAAGCGUGUCGCGGAUGCGCUGGUGCCAACCUGCCGCAAUGUCAUUCUACAGAAUCAUGGCAUGAUAACGUGCGGUAAGACGGUCGACGAGGCGGCUUUCUCUUCAUUGCGCUCGACCGGUGCUGCCAUGCGCAGUUGCUUGCGAAUGCUGCAGUGUGCCCUGGUUUCGAGAAAAAGUAUAUUCCUGCUGAAGAAGCUGAAUUCACGCACAAGAGAAGUGGCAAUUCAAACAAGAUGUGGUUAG